AGAAGACCUACGAGAGAAAUAUCCAGUUCAUUUCCACUGCAUUUCUCUCAAGAUGCCUGAGCCAGCUAAGUCCGCCCCUGCCCCGAAGAAGGGUUCCAAAAAGGCCGUGACUAAAGCACAGAAGAAAGAUGGUAAGAAGCGCAAGCGGAACCGCAAGGAGAGUUAUUCCAUCUAUGUGUACAAGGUUUUAAAGCAGGUCCAUCCUGACACAGGCAUCUCAUCCAAAGCCAUGGGCAUCAUGAACUCCUUCGUCAACGACAUCUUCGAGCGCAUAGCCGGCGAGGCGUCCCGCCUGGCACAUUACAACAAACGCUCUACCAUCACCUCCCGAGAGAUCCAGACGGCCGUGCGCCUGCUGCUGCCGGGAGAGCUUGCCAAGCAUGCCGUGUCUGAGGGCACCAAAGCUGUCACCAAAUACACCAGCUCCAAAAAUUAUGAAUAUGGCCUAUUUCCCAGACCAUUCUGUGCUAAGUGGUCUUGUAGCUGUCCUCUUCCUUCAGCUGCUCACAAUGAUCUCAGCUCAAUUUACUGUGGUUGCACCUGCUAAGCCUCUCCUGGUCAUGGUAGGAGAAGAUGCCAUAUUACAUUGUCACCUCUUCCCCAAGAAAAAUGCUGAGCAAAUGGAGGUGAGGUGGUUCCGUUCCCAGUUCUCUCCAGCUAUCUA